AUGCAUUUCCAAGGACUUCGUUUUUGCAUUGCCUUGCUACUGCUCGGUGGUGCAGAUGCAGCGAAUGGUCCCGAAGAUGUGACAGAGGCUCAUGAUGAUCACGAUGCGGCAAAUCUGGCCGCUCAUGAUGAUCACAAUGUCAAUGAUCACAAUGUUACGGCAGUUGCACAUGCUGAAGUUCCAUCGGGCUCCACCGCCUCUCCUUUUGGAGGUUUGAUCGUGUUGGGAGGUGGGGCAUCAUCUUCGCAGGAGGAACCUUGGCAGGCCUACGAAUGGCCCAGCGAAGCUCAUGAUGACCUGCAUGUUUUGUGUAUGGCUCAAGUCUUUCGGGCCGAGCGCAUGUCUAGGCACAUAGCGCUGUCGUCGCUGUCAGGUGUCUCGUCUGCGUCGGUCGUGUCGCUCUUGUCUCACGUCCUGAGCUCCUCGCCUCAGCUCCUCGAUCCUUGCCCGCUCUGCCCCGCUCUGCCGGACCUGGACUUGGGGUCCUUCUUCUUUGGCCUCGGCUGCGGGGUUCUCCUUCUGCCUCUUCUUGAGGCUCUGCUUCUUCUCCGUGCCGCGUGCUUGAGGGCCCUCGCCUUUAGGCUGCAGAGCCCGGGGUUCUUCCGCCUUGCUUUGGGGGUCGAGCCGGACGAGUUUGAGUUGGUGGCAGAAUCGGCUCCAGUUGCGGGGUCUUACACAGCCACUCCUGUUAGCACACCGCCGCGGGCCUCCGCGUCGCCUGAGUACCCAUUGCAGGGCCGUGGGCCCGCAGAGCCUCACUUGUUUAGAACCGAGGUUGCUGCUCCUGUUCUGCCGAGAACAGAUCGAGAUUGUGCCUGCCGGGAGAUAGGGUUGUGGAUAGUGCGAGCCCUGGCAGGGAAUCACAGAGGGGCGUCUGGCCGAGACCGGCUCUCCCAGUCUUCGCGGUUCUGGGUGGUCUUCAGGUCCUUUGAGGGCCGUGACUUCAGCCCGCCGCGUGCUUUCAGCAGCUUCGCUCAGGCGAAGACCUUGUGCAAGAGGGGCUCCGAGUGCGGAGCGAGUGUGUUCAUAGGGCUGCCUGCCCGAGCCGACCAGGCUUCCCUUCUGUUUCUUUUGAGUGAGAUGGCCGAGGAGGACCCCUUGGACGGGCUGCCGCUUGAGCCCAAGGACUUUGCAAUUCUGCAGCCUGAAGGGGUGGACCCAGACUUCUUGUCAGGCCUGCUCCCCUUCGCAGCCGCCGAAGGUGAGAAGCAAACAUGCGAGGUGAUUGUGGUUUGCGAGAGCGAAGGAAAGAUCGUGGUGGCGGUUCCAGGAGUGAUGUGGGGCCGCAAACUGGCCGAUCGGAAGCUGCCGCGCUCCGCCCUGACAAAGGCCUCUUCCUUGGAGGUGGCUGCAGUGGCCGCAGACGAUCGCGGCUUAGUCGUAGAGGGCACUUCUUUGAGAGUGUGGGUCGCUCUGCUCGAGAACGGGCUGGCUGGCGAACUCCUCUUCGAAUCGGGGGAAGCACCGGAUGUACCCUUUGGGCAAGACAUGCAGGGGGUCACUUUGCUACCGCACGCUGCCUCCUUGAUGACAGCCGUUCAAGAGCUCCCGGGGCUUGGGCCGUAUGCUUCGGCCGAGUCGGCGGCCCCUGCAGAUCACGAGCCGGGCGAGGGAGGGAUUCAUGCAAGGGUGGACCGCCUCGAGGCAGCCAUGAGCAAAGUGGCGGUCGGUGUCAAGGCUUUGCUAGCAAAGCAAUCCGUGCCGGCAGAGCCUUCUUUCCGCCCUCCCACUGCAAAGCCGAAGCCAGCCAAAGCAGCCGUGUCCUCCGGCAGCCAAGCCGGGGCUUUUGCCAACUUGGAUGUCAGCGUGACCCAGGCAGCAUUGGAUGCGGGAGUGAGCCGGGCGGCCUUGGCCGAAAUGGACAAAUUGGUCGGCGAGUCUGGCGGUCUGGGGCGCAAGGCGCGGGCUGCUCCUCCGCGCAAGGCCGAUCCGCUCUCCGAGAGCGAAGGCGAGCCAGAGGAGCCCAUGGCGGCCGUUGCGCCCGUGAAGGGCUCCGAUCCGGUGGGGGAAGCUUUAGUCAAGCUGACGCAGUUGGUGGAGACCCUUUCGGCGCCCAAGCGGCGCGCACCUUCCUCGCUCGACAACCUGCUGGACGCUGCUGGACAAGGCGGAUCUGGAUCGCUGGAGGCCGCGCCAAGUUUGCGGCGCAACGCUGCAGCCCGGCGGGCUUUGAGGGCGGCUUUGGUCGACAAUCCUUGCAUCCUGUCAGCCACCGUGGAGGCCCUGAUGAAGGAAGAUCUGCAUUCCCUUCAAACGCCCGGGUUCGAGGUGGCGCCGAGCGCAAGGGCUUGGCUGGAGCACCGGAGCCGUAUCGGUUCCCACCAGACGCUCGCUCGCACGAGCUGGGCGGUGGCAGGAGCGCUGGACGCUGCCCGCCGCAAAGCUUUCGACGAGUGCGAGGCCAGGCUGAACGUCCUGAUGGUGGCGAUGGAUCAGGUCGCUACCGACCGAGGGUCCUGGACUUUGGCAAACGACUUGUUGCUGGAGGCCCCUUGCCCGAUCCAUGCUUUCAAGGCUCACGAGAUGCGACUUUCUGGAAAAGAGGCCGCACCGGCGGCUGAUUUUUCCGUUUCUCCUGUGGCUCCGCAUUCUGUGUGUGAAGGGCGCAACCUGCCCUCCUUUGCCAAUCCUGCUGAGGAGAAGGGCUUUCGUCGGCCGCCUCCUCCCGGCGCAGCCGCGCCGUCUGUCAAAGUGCCCGGCUUUUGGAAUUCGUUGCCGUCCUGGAUUUUGAAGGGUCACGGCGCUUUUGCUGCAUACCUGCGCACCACGACCAUCGCCGUCAAUGUGUCGGCGCACGGUUCCCAGACGUGGCCCUGUGCUCCUCCGUACCCUGAGGUCUUCUCUCGUCGCAUUGGCGGUGUGUCGGGAUGGCGCAAGGUGCAGACCUGCUUAGUCAUUGUUCUGCUGUCCUGGCUUCAUCUUGGCUCCCCGUGUGUAUGCCCCGAGCGUUGCAGAGUCGGUGCUAAGCUCAGCCCCAACCAAUGGCGGAUGGUCCGAACCAUCGAGGGCCUUACCUGGGACAGCGAUUUUUCUGAUCCUAUUGUUGCAGCUGAGAUGGGGCGGUCUGCCUCUAAGGUGGAGGAUCAACACAACCUCCUGGCUGCUCUGUCUCGGGCCGCUGCUUCUUUUUCCUUGCCUUUGUACUCUAGAGUCUCCAGCGCCAUCUUUCAAGAGUCUGCGGCUGCAGGAGCACAGCACAGUUUUUCUUCGCCGGCCAAUUUCGGCAAAGUGGUGGGGGCCUUCAGGCGUGAUGACCCUGUGGCUGCAAAGACCAUUGAGGCUGACCGUCUGACCUUUCCUGGGCCUCCCCGCUUCAAUCCCGCCUCUUUUGUUGAUGCCGACACCCGGCGUCGCUUGAGCCCCGACGAGUGCGUGAGAAUCUCCUGUGCGGAUCUUAGAGAUUAUUUUUAUCUCUUUGCGGUCACGCCAGACCGAGUCGAACGCAAUUUGUUGCGAGGCUCGCUUACCUUGGCUGAGGCUCGUUUUGUGUUCGGUCGUGACUGCAGGGCUGAGGCCGAGGCUGGCAGAAGGGUGCGGGUUGCCAUCUCCACUCUUGGUAUGGGUGACUGCUCCGCGUGCGAGUACGCUCAGGCAUCUCACAUUGCGGUUCUCCAUCACUAUGGUCUUCUUGAGGGGUCCGAUCUGCUCGUGCCAAACCGGCCUCCACCGCGAUCCCUGCUUUCAGUGGGCAUUGUCAUCGACGACCUUGUGUUGUUUGAUCGUUGCCUGCGUGGGUCUGGGACUGGCCGGCCCGAUUCGGCAGGGGCCCGCAAGUUGGAUACCGCGCAUGCUGCUUACGAUGCCGCUUUGCUCGAGGCUAACCCCAAGAAGAGCGUGAGAGAUGCGGCGGAAGCCAGCUUCUGGGGCUGCAAGCUUUGUGGGGACUCCGGCGUUCUGCGAGCCAACCCUGCCAGGGUCUGGCCAGUGGCCUUCAUGACUGCUCGGGUGGCCGCCUUGGGCCUUGUCACCCGCUCGCUUUUGGAGAGCUUGGUCGGGUCUUGGACAGCGAUCUUCUUGAUACGGCGGAGGGCCCUGAGCCUCAUCGACUUGGCCUUUCAGGCACUGCGGGCCACACGCUGUGGCGACGUGCUUCGGCUCAGCCCGGCCCUCGCGGAUGAGUUGUGGUCCUGGGUGCUCGUUGCUCCGGUUUGCGUGGCCAACUUGAGAGCCCAAGUGUGUGACGCGUUCUUCACCACAGACGCGUCUGAUGACCGCAUUGCUUGCGCCACGGCUGCGCUUCCUCCAGCGGUCGCCCUUGAGGCUUACCGGCACACUUUGCAAAAGGGGGCUUGGAAUCGAAUUCUGUCAGCUCCUCAGGCUUGGCUGCGUGCGAAAGGGCUCCUUGAUGAAGCCGCGAGGGUCGGCCCUACACUCCGCAUCCUCUGUGGCGCCCUGGCCCGAAGCCUUCAGUUCAGAACUACAUGGGUCAUUCCGGGGGCCCUCGGGCAACACAUCAACAUCAAGGAGCUGCGUGGGCUUCUCGAGUUGGAGCGUCGGGUUGGGCGCCUCGUGAGUUGUGCCAGGUUGCUUGUGGGAUUGGAUUCUCAGGUUGCUCUAGGGGCUGCGCUUAAGGGUAGGUCUGCCUCUGCCGGGUUGAACACGCUGUUGAAGCGGUCGCUGGCCACCAUGUUCGGGAGUGACCUCUACUUGGGGCUUUCGUUUCUUGCGUCGGCCGACAAUCCGUCCGACGAUGGAACACGCUGCCGCAGCAUACGAACAGCUUCUGAGGCGCUUCCUCCUUGGUUCCUUGCGCUUGCACGGGGUGACCCUCAGCCCUUGGACCGUUGGCUUGCCGAGCAGCCCGAGCUUGCAUCGGAGAGCGCAGCCGAGACUUUCAGGCCUGAGAUGGUGGAUGAGCUUCCCAAGCUCGCCUCGGAAGCCACUUGGUCGCGGCCUCCCGAGCUGCCUGAGCGCUUGCCUCCGCGCCGCAACAGGGCUAAGCGGGCGUGUGGUGUGGAUCUGUCUCGCCCGCGCGGUGGUCUUGACCUCUUCUCUGGCAGUGCCGGCGUGGCUCGCCGUCUGAUUGCCCGCGGUGCGCCUUGGGUGCUUUCCUUUGAGAUCGCGCGCUCUCCUAGCCAGGAUCUCGACAACCACUGCGUGCGGCAGCUCGUCGAGUUGUUGAUCCGCGCGAAGAUUUUCCUUACGUUUGGAGCCUCUCCUCCGUGCUCCUCUUUUUCUCGUGCUGUGCACCCGCCUUUCCGCAGUGCAGCUCAUCCCCGAGGCUUGCUGCACCUCAGCCCGACAGCGUUCGAGAAGGUUCGCCGUGGCAACAGGCAGGCCGAUUGGGUUGGGCAUGCUCUUUCUCUUUACCGUGAGCAUUGCCAGGGCCACUUCUGGAUCGAGGGGCCCGAUGGUUCGUUCAUGUGGCUUCUUGCUGGCUUAAUCGAAGAGUUUGCCGACCCCCAUAGCCCGCAGCUGCUCCGCCUUGACCAGUGCAGGUUCGGCACCAGGUGGAGAAAGCGUUCCAGGUUUGGGGUGAAUGGUUGCAUCGCAGGGGCUAGGCUGUUUUGCCAAUGCUCCGGGCCACACGUCGUGCUUCGUGGUCGCUCUGCUGAGCUGGGUCGGCCCUGGACUUCCGUGGCUCAGUGCUAUCCUCGGCCUCUGUGUGACAUGCUCGCCACCGCUGCUGCAGUCGCCGCCGGUUGGUGGCGCGAUGCUCCUACCUUGCGUGGGGUUCCUCUGUCAGCUGCCCUUUCCAAGACCCCGACCGCCAGGAUCGGUGAAGCUUCUCAUCCUGGACCUCGUCGGUCGAACCGCCGCCGUGACUCCACUCUGGACUUGGAGCAGCGUCCCUUGCAGAGCGAGGCUGCCCUUCGACUUGGGCAACUGGGGUGGGAGCACUUCUUGUCUUGGGUCCAGUCUUUCUUGCCUGAGCCUUGUCUGGUCGUCUUUGCUAGGGCGCCCGCGCUCCUCGCCAUGGCACUGCGAGCUUACGGCAACUGGCUUUUCAAGUCCGGAAAGAGCAUCCACGAGCUGCGGCACACUCUGCUGGGCGCUCAAAGGAACUUUGCUGGAGUGAAGCCGUGGAUCGGCCGCGCGUGGGAACUGGUCUCGCGGUGGGAAAACGUCGAGCCGGUGGAGCACAGAGUUCCUCUGCCGGAACCGGUCCUGAAAGCUCUGGUGGCGUAUCUGGCUUCCGGAACUUCGCAGGGAUUACGCUUCUGA